GCGAGCGAGUGGAGACGCUUGACGGGCCGGGCCGGGCCGGGCUGGGGACACGGGCCAGGAAGAAGCAGAGAGGCCUGCGCGGCCGCCCGGCCCGGCCGCGGAUCAGGGUUCGUAACAGCUGGAUCUUGAGCCAACCCUCUGGCAUGGGAUGCCUUUCUUGAAGGUGUUGGUUUCAACUCACUGUGCUACGAUUCUAACCUGCUGACUUUGAACUCCUCGACCUUGAACCCCUGCUGUGCACCAGGCUGCUGGGACCAUGGGCCUCGGGCCCUGAGGAUGACGCGGCUCCCUGUGGCCAUGACGACAGGCGACUGCUGCCACCUUCCGGGCUCCCUGUGUGACUGUUCCGGCACUUCCUCCUUCUCCAAGGUUGUGGAGGCCACGGGCCUCGGGCCACCGCAGUAUGUGGCACAGGUGACCUCGAAGGAUGGCCGACUCCUCUCAACCAUCAUCCGGGCUCUGGAUGCGCCAAGCGACUGUCCCUUCUGCCGGAUCUGCCACGAGGGGGCCAACGGGGAGAGCCUGCUGUCCCCUUGCGACUGCACGGGCACGCUGGGUGCCGUGCACCGGAGCUGUCUGGAGAAGUGGCUUUCGUCAUCCAACACCAGCUACUGCGAGCUGUGCCACACGGAGUUCGCCGUGGAGAAGCGGCCCAGGUCCCUCACAGAGUGGCUGAAGGACCCGGGGCCGCGCACGGAGAAGCGGACGCUCUGCUGUGACAUGGUGUGUUUCCUGUUCAUCACGCCGCUGGCCGCCAUCUCAGGCUGGCUGUGCCUACGCGGGGCCCAGGACCACCUGCGCCUGCACAGCCGGCUGGAGGCCGUGGGGCUCAUCGCCCUCACCAUCGCCCUCUUCACCAUCUACGUCCUCUGGACGCUGGUCUCCUUUCGCUACCAUUGCCAGCUCUACUCCGAGUGGAGAAGGACCAACCAGAACGUACGCUUGAAGAUCCGGGCUGUGGAUGGCCCGGAGGGCUCCCAGCACUCUGCGCUGGCCACGGGACUCCUGAAGAAGACUGCUGAGGAGACGCCCGUAUGAGGAUCUGGCUGGCAAGGGGGCCUGGCUGGCAAGGGGGCCUGGCUGGCAAGGGGACCUGGCUGCCAAGGGACCUGGCUGGCAAGGGGACCUGGCUGUGCACAGAGGCAACAGCUGCUGAUGCCCUGGCCCCCUGGAAGGAUGGAGACUGCUUGCCCCUUCUCCCACGUCCAGAAAGCUUCUCAGGCCAAGCCGAGCCUCUUCUAUGAUCCAGUGUGAAUAUAUAUAUAUAUAUAUAUAUAUUUUUAGAGUUUUUUUUUUUUUUUUGCAUAUUAUCUUAUAUGACCAGGGCAGUUGGAUGCCGUCCCGAGCUGUGCUUGGAAUCAGCACCCUGAGUCAUGCUACGGCCCACACUGGGCACCGUCCUGGCCCAGCAGGUGUGGGCCAUGUGUCAGGGGCGUCCUUUUUUGGGGGGCUGGAAGGUUCUAGCAAACUUCUUCAGUUUCCCACGCACCUGGCAGGCUCUCUCCCUUGGCACCCUUCGACUUUAUCAAUUUGCACUGCAUUGCAAUACUCCCCUCACAACCCAGAAUAAAUAAAAGAGAUCCUUGCUGGGCAA